GGAAGUCUCUUCUUUCUUUCUUUUGUGUCGGGCGCUCGAGUUCGCACUUUCUUUCGUCACCUCGCGGCUUGUGUGCUUCGCCAUGGCCGCCAUCAAAGCUCUGAACCCGAAGGCGGAGGUGGCCCGGGCCCAGGCCGCCCUGGCGGUCAACAUUAGCGCCGCCCGGGGGCUCCAGGACGUCCUCAAGAGCAACCUGGGACCCAAAGGCACCAUGAAGAUGCUGGUUUCUGGAGCAGGAGACAUCAAGCUGACCAAAGAUGGAAACGUCCUCUUACACGAGAUGCAAAUUCAGCACCCGACGGCGUCGCUCAUCGCCAAGGUGGCCACCGCCCAGGAUGACAUCACGGGAGACGGGACCACCUCCAACGUCCUUAUCAUCGGCGAGCUGCUCAAGCAGGCCGACCUCUACGUGUCCGAGGGCCUCCACCCGCGGAUCGUGGCCGAGGGCUUCGACUCGGCCAAGGAGAAAGCGCUGGCCGUGCUGGAGGAGGUGAAGGCGACGCGUCCGAUGGACCGGGAGACCCUCAUCGACGUCGCUCGGACCUCCCUCAGGACCAAAGUCCACGCCGAGCUGGCCGACCUCCUCACCGAGGCGGUGGUGGACGCCGUGCUGACCAUCGCCAAGCCUGACGAGCCCAUCGACUUACACAUGGUGGAGAUCAUGGAGAUGAAACACAAGACCGACUGCGACACGCAGCUGAUCCGAGGCCUGGUGCUGGACCACGGGGCACGGCACCCCGACAUGAAGAAGCGCGUGGAGGACGCCUUCGUGCUGACGUGCAACGUGUCGCUGGAGUACGAGAAGACCGAGGUCAACUCCGGUUUCUUCUACAAGAGCGCCGAAGAGCGCGAGAAGUUCGUAGCGGCCGAGAGGAAGUUCAUCAUCGAGCGGGUGCGCAAGAUCGUCGCCCUCAAGAAGCGAGCGUGCCCCGACGGGGACGACAAGGGAUUUGUCGUCGUCAACCAAAAGGGCAUUGACCCGUACUCUCUGGACGCCCUCGCCAAGGAGGGCAUCGUCGCCCUGCGCAGAGCGAAGAGGAGGAACAUGGAGAGGUUGACGUUGGCGUGCGGCGGCAUCGCCAUGAACUCCGUGGAAGACCUGACGCCCGAAUGUUUGGGCCACGCGGGGCUGGUGUACGAGCACACGCUGGGCGAGGAGAAGUUCACGUUCAUCGAGAAGUGCGGGAACCCUCGCUCGGUGACGCUGCUGCUCAAAGGUCCCAACAAGCACACGCUGACGCAGAUCAAAGACGCCGUUCGGGACGGCCUGCGCGCCGUCAAGAACGCCAUCGAGGACGGUUGCGUGGUGGCGGGCGCCGGCGCCUUGGAGGUGGCGCUGGCCGCCGCGCUGAUGGAGCACAAAGCCGGCGUGAAGGGGCGAGCGCAGCUGGGCGUGCAGGCCUUCGCGGACGCCCUCCUCGUCAUUCCCAAGGUCCUGGCCCAGAACUCGGGUUACGACCCUCAGGAGACUCUUCUGAAGCUGCAGACCGAGUUUAAGGAGUCCGGAGGGCAGCUGGUGGGCGUGGACCUCAGCACAGGGGAGCCGAUGGUGGCGGGCCAGGCGGGCGUGUGGGACAACUACAGCGUCAAGAAGCAACUUCUUCACUCUUGCACGGUGAUCGCCAGCAACAUCCUGCUGGUGGACGAGAUCAUGCGCGCCGGAAUGUCUUCCCUCAGAGGUUAAAGGUCAAGUGUCAACGAGCACGAGCAAGUUCACCAAACCUUUCUUAUUCAACAAUGACCUUUAGAUUUGUUUAUUUAUCACAUUUUGAUUAAAUG